AUGGCACCUAAAAAUUACCAGCAAGCACUGGUCUUGAUAUUUGCCAUUGAUGAGAUUAAUAAAAAUCCUAGACUCUUGCCCAAUGUCACCUUGGGAUUCAACAUCUAUGACAACCAAUUUAAUGCAAGGAACACUUAUGAGACCAUUCUGGAUAUGUUGUUCAUGCACCAACAGGGAUCACUCAAUUUCAAAUGUCACAGGAAUACAGAUGUGUUGUCAGUCAUUGGGGGGUACAGUGUUCAGACCAUUGUCCAGAUGGCCACUAUCCUUAGCAUCUACAAGAUUCCACAGCUCCACUCCUAUCUAAAAAACACCCAUUUUAACAACAGUGCUGCGGAAGAAGUCCUAUUUGAAAACGGGGAGUUGUUGACUGGGUACCAUAUUGUUAACUGGAUCACCUUCCCCAAUCAAUCCUUCCUUCAAGUCCAUGUUGGAAAGAUGUCUCCAAGCCAAGAGUUCACUAUCAAUGACGAUUCCAUUGUGUGGAAUGACAGAUUUCAGCAGGUGCUGCCCCGUUCUGUAUGUGUUGAAAGCUGCCAUCUUGGCUACAGCAAGACAGUUCUUCAGGGAAAAGAGGUUUGUUGCUAUGGUUGUGAUCGAUGCCCAGAAGAUAUGAUUUCUUUUCAGAUGGAUGAAGAUCAUUGUGACAAGUGUCCAGAAGAUCAGUAUUCAAAUAUGAACCGAGAUCAAUGUAUCUCAAAGAUCCAUAUCUUCCUAACCUAUGCAGAACCUAUAGGGCUCGUUUUGGUCUCCCUUGCUAUUUUCUUUGUUGUAAUCACAGGACUGGUCAUAUAUACCUUUCUAAGGAACUGGCAUACUCCUCUUGUCAGAGCCAACAACCGGAACCUCACCUGUAUUCUUCUCAGCUCCAUCUUGCUUUGCUACCUUUCUUCCCUGCUAUUCAUUGGGAAGCCUAGAAAGAUGACCUGCCUUCUCCGGCAAAUCUCUUUUGGCAUUAUUUUCAGUGUUUCAGUGUCUUGUAUGUUGGCGAAAACAAUCAUGGUGGUCUUGGCCUUCAUAGCUACAAAGCCAGGUGACAGGAUGAGGAAAUGGCUGGGGAUGAAAGUAGCACAAUCCAUUGUUUUCUCUUGUUCCCUUGUCCAAGUGGGGAUCUGUACUGCAUGGCUUUUGACCUCUCCUCCUUUCCCAGAUGUUGACAUGCACUCACAGGCUAGGCAAAUCAUAAUAGGAUGCAACGAAGGGUCUAUCUCCCUAUUCUACUGUACACUGGGCUACACUGGCUUUCUGGCCAUCAUUAGUUUUACUGUAGCGUUCUUAGCCAGAAAACUGCCUGACACUUUCAAUGAAGCUAAGUUCAUUACCUUCAGCAUGCUGGUGUUUUGCAGUGUUUGGAUCUCCUUUAUUCCUGCUUACCUGAGCACCAAGGGAAAAAACGCGGUGGCGAUGGAAGUCUUUGCCAUCUUGGCCUCCAACACUGGAAUACUGGCUUGCAUCUUUCUCCCCAAAUGCUACAUUCUGAUUCUAAGACCUGACUUGAAUUCCAGGAAGCAUCUCACAGAGAACAGGAAUUAA